UAAAGCUAGGAGAUUUUUAAUGCCUUGGCCGCAAGUGACAUUACUGGAGACGUCUGUUAUUAUUCUCACAAUACUAUCUUUGGCGAAAUUUCGGUUCUGCUGCUGCAGUUGAAAUUGUAGUUCUGCGGAAAUUCACAAUCGUAUUGUUAGCAUUAGAAGCUGCUGGUUGGUAAAUAUUUACAACAUUUUUGCGUAUUUCAGUUGUUUCGUGUGCUAAAUACGUCGUCGCAAUAUGCUUGAUAGGCUGCUGUCAUGGUCGGACAAAUUUUAAGUCGUCAGUUGCCGUUACACAGUUUACGUACAAUAGCAGGUUAGCAGCUCCUAUGACUCACUUCUUCGCUCUUGUUGCUGUAGGUUGUGUUUUUUACUUGAGCUUCAACCGGCACUUCGCGAUGGCUUGGAGGUCUCACGGAAAAAAUAACAGUGACAUGGUCCGCAAUUUACGCGCUAAUGGAAUAAUUCGUAGUAAGAUUGUGGAAGAAGUUAUGGAGCAAGUGGACCGUGGAAAAUACGCGAAAUUUAACCCCUACAUGGAUGCACCUCAAGGGAUUGGUUAUGGCGUAACUAUCAGCGCCCCUCACAUGCAUGCUCAUGCCCUGGAACUCUUGAAAGAUCACCUGAAAGAAGGUGAGAGAGCAUUGGAUGUUGGAUCAGGCAGUGGUUAUCUUACUGUCUGCAUGGCACUCAUGGUGGGUGAAACAGGACGAGCUGUUGGCAUAGAUCACAUCCCGGAGUUAGUUGAAUUUUCACGAAAUAAUGUUCGCUCUGACAAGCCAGAGCUGUUAGAUUCUGGAAGAGUCAAACUGGUUGUUGGUGAUGGCCGUUUGGGAUGGCCGGAGGAUGCUCCAUACAAUGCUAUCCAUGUUGGUGCUGCUGCUGCAACAUUGCCACAGGCUCUAAUAGACCAGCUGAAGCCAGGUGGUCGACUGGUAGUUCCUGUUGGGCCAGAAGGAGGAAACCAACAGUUGGAGCAGGUUGACAAGCUGCCAGACGGGUCAGUGCGGAGGACACCACUCAUGGGUGUUGUCUAUGUGCCACUCACGGACAAGGACCAUCAGUGGCCUGGCAGACGUCCAGUUACUGCAGGACGUGUCAGGCUGGAAAAAGCACUGGUCCAAGGAUGGUGGCAGCAGUGCCCAGUUGGGCGCCGGCGGGCAGGGACAUGCGGGGAGCGGCAUGGCGGUGCAGCCCCAUUGGCAAAUCCCCACACUGCUCAUGACUGUCUUACUACCAAUGUUGUUUGCGUUUACUUAACUGCAGAGAGUGGUUUAAUGUGUAGCAUGAUACUGACAUCCUUUGCUUAAAAAAUCCUUUCUUCAUUUUUAAAAACUGUGGGAACUGAUUUGUGUCCAUUGAUGUUUACUUGAACGAGUUUUGUUUCCUGAAGAAGCAGUAAUAUGUCAAAACAGUAGUGGCAGAUUUUGAUUGUGUUAUUGCCACAAGAAGUGGUAUUCAGUUCCCAAGUUAGAUGUUACAUUUUUAUCUCUGAUACAUGUUUGUAUGUAGGUAUACUUGCAGCAGGUUUAUUACUCAUGUAUGCUCCCACAAACAAUGAAUUACAUGACUGCCAAUGAAAUAAUUGCUGGGAAUAAUUAACCUGGUGGCAUAGUUAAUUUUUGCAUUCCAGCUCCUUGUGCUUGGUAUGCAACCAGGUGUGUAUACCAUUUUGGAUGAUAGUGUCUCAUUUCUUCUGCGCACUUACCACAUCGUGCAAAAUACUGUCAUGCAGAUUGCUUACUUAUACCUAAACAUUAUAUAUAUCAGUGAUUUCACUAUCAGUUCCCUUUUUACGGCUGUCCUUCUGUAAGAAGUAAGUGUAAUAAUGAUUUGCAGUGAUAUGUUGCACAAAAUAAUUUGAAUCAUUGGCCAGUGGCCAAUACAGGUCAAAAAAUCAGUUGAAAUGUUUAUCUCUGGUGGGCAACCUGCUGCUAGAAUACCAUUCCAUAGCUAAUAACAGGGAAUUUUGUUUUGCUAUUUUGUAUAUAUUAGGUAUUAGCAAUAUAAGUGUCUUAUGUGUGAACAGAAUGGAACUGUUGGUCACUAGCAUAUUAAAAUAUGGCUAGAGCAUUGAGUAUUCCUUUCUCUUGUCAGAGUCUUGUUGCACAUGGAUGACUAGCGAGACUUGGUAUGGUUUUCUUUCAUCCAUAUGUAAUUGUGUCAGAUGUUCAGAAUAAACAUUUACAAGGUUUUCUUUUCCUUAAAAAUGAUUGCAGUUUGAUUAAUUUCCUUGUUAAUAAUAGUAUACACACCAAUGAAAUUCUAGUUUCUACAUUUGUUUUGUAGGUGUUCGGUUCACUAAAGGGGCAACCAAACUUCAUUCAGAAGGCACUUCUGUAUUAUUUUUGGUGCUUAUUCUUGAGUAUUUUAUUGUAGUUCUCUAGAGUUUGCUCAGCUCAUUCUCUUACAGUCCAACAUUUAUGUUGGGUUUUUUACUAUGACUGGAGUUUACAUGACAGUUGUGAAAUAAUCAUGUAGAUUGAAUAAAUAUAAGAAAAUAUUGUGUAACUUGUGAGCCAAGUAAUAGAGAAGACUAGGAGAGAACUUAAAACUUAAUGUAUUGUCUUCAUAAUGAUUGUCCUUCAGUGUUGUUGACUGAAUGAUAUCACUUUUUCUUGUAUAAGCAGCUAGUAUUUGUACUGAUUACCUUUAUGUAAAUAUCUUUGUUCAUUAACCAUAUUGAUCUUUUGUUAACCUUCUUAAGCUCCUAAAAUUUCAGAAGUUGAUAACAUUUUUAAGUUCACUGUCCAAAAUACAGUGUUAUCAACACUACAGAAAAAUAAAUUUCUGAAGUUAGUAAGGUUACAAUGUUAGUAGAGUAAAUAUGAAAUUUAUGUCCCAUUCCAGUAGUGGACAGAAGUUGACAGCAGAUGGACAUGUAUUGUUUUAUUUAAAAUCGGUGCAGCAGUUUUGGUGAAUAUAAAUGUUAUUUAAGUUCUUUACACUGUUCCAUAUAUAUAAUCAUUCUGUAAUAUCUGAAGUUUCUUGUCUUGUUAACAAUUAUGACUUUUUUCUUUAAAAUAUCACUUGAAUGAAAAAAGUAUUUACUGAUAUUUAAUCAAGAAACAUAUGCAUAUUAUUCAUUAGGUGUCUAAAAUUUGAAUACUGUUCAGCUUUAAUUAAAAAGAGUUUCUGUCAAGGAUUAUUGUUUUUUAUGCAAGCUCAUGUACUUCCAUUAAUUAUGCAAUGAAAAUGUUGCUGUGCGUGAAGUAGACUAGGCUUCAUAACUAUUUUCUCCAAGGCACAGUCAAUGCUCACUUACACAAGUGAACUGAAGAGGCAGACUUUGAUAAAUCCACCAGACACAUUGCAUAGUUGUAGAAAAAAGUAUUGCAAAAAUCUCUUCCUGUUGCAUUGUUUUACUCACAUAGCAUUGAGCACAUGAAUUGUAGAAGUUUACCAAAUUAAAAUAAAAAAAUAGUGUUAUUAAUGUGCUCAUGAGUAUUGUGCUGUGUUGCACUCUAUUUUUGGUCUCUAUAACAAAUAAAAACUAGUCAGCAAUUGAGAAAAGUGUAUUUUAAUGUUUGCUUCCAAAGCAAGUUGAAGAUACAAAUAAAACACAAAAUUUUGUUUGCGGGCAAAAACAGUAUUCAUAUCCAAAAGUAUUUCAUCCUAGAAGUCACAUAAAGUAAGUUAUUUGUGAGAAUCCACCUGGUGGUAUGCAUUAUACACAGUUUUGUGUGCUAGUUUUGUCUUGAUAAAUUGUUAACUUUUUCUGCAGAAUUUGUAUUAAUACAAGCACAAUCUUGGCUGUUUCAUUUAUUGUAUUUUGUGUAGUUAAGUUUAAUGUACUAAUAAAAUUCUUCUGUGAGCGAUAUAAUUUU